AUGCCUCCGAGAAAGCCUCGUCAGUCCGAGCCCGGCCCCGCACCCCCUGCGGCCGCCAAGAAGUCCCGAACCUCCCUCCCGGCCACCUCGCACUCUUCUCCCAAGCCGACAUCGAAGACUGAAAUUGUGGAGCACGAAGAGGAAGUCGGUCAGCCUUCCAUGCCUACUUCGAAGCGGGCGAAGGUGGGAGCCAAGUCGCCCGCGAAGAAGAAGGCGCGGACGGACCCUGUAGACGCGGAGGAAGAUGGGGGAGGAGACGAGCAGACAGGAGAACAGCCUGUCAAGGGUAUAUUCAAGUCUAUCGCCAAGUCUACCACGGGCCCCAAGUCCAAAAAGGGAGCCGCAGGUCUUAAGCCGUCCAGUAUCAGACCUACGCGCCAGGGAUCAAGCAAAGGCAAAGACAAGAUCAGCGAGAUCUACGCAGCGGGUAACGAGGUCCUGGCGGAUACUUCGGUGCAGACGAGGCUCGAUACUGUCACAGCUACGCUGGACAAGCUCGAGGCGCAAAUCUCUAUCCCGACGGAUCAGAUCAAGAAGCUCGGUCAUGCUCGAUCCACAAUGCAGACUGACUUCUCAGCGACCUGUAACCCGCUCGAGGCUCUUCUGAAGGACCGGGCGGAGCUCGUCAGUCGCUUAAACAGCGCUAUGGAACGAUACCAGGAGCUUCCUGCCAGGCUCAGGGAGGUGUUGCUCAGCUUGGACAAGGUGCAGACCGGGGCGGCCGAGGCUGGGUCACGGUACAUCGAGGACGCACAGGACUUCUCCUCCUUCACUCGCGGUACGAAACGCUUUCUCUCCUGGACCUGA